AUGGCUUUAGUUAAAUGUCAACAUACGUGGUUGAAAGGGUUGGAUAAUGGUGUGAAAUAUGUGAGAGUACUAUCAUUUGACUUUAGCAAGGCUUUUGACAGCGUUCCACACGACAUACUAUUUGGAAAAGUUAAGAAAUUGCCUUUUAACCCGUACAUCAUAAAUUGGAUGAUAGAUUUCUUAAAAGAUCGCAAACAGAGAGUAACAGUUGAUGGCAUCACAACCGAGUUCUUGAAAAUUAAUCGUGGCGUGCCUCAGGGGACUGUUCUAGGCCCGAUACUAUUUUCAAUAAUGGUAAAUGACAUUAAACCAGUCAAUCCAAUCAAUGAACUCUGUAAAUUCGCUGAUGAUAUAACAAUAGAAGCCCCGGGCUAUGAUGAGGAUGAUACAGGUGCUGAAGAGGUAGAAAAUAUGAAAUUAUGGUCGGAUGAAAAUCGAAUGGUGCUGAAUAUGAAUAAAACAUACGAAAUGAUUGUUCGUGGGAGAACAUCUAUACCUCUACCCAGUUGCAUUCCGUCCAUCAAACGGAAAACAUGGCUCAAGAUACUUGGAAUUACCCUUGAGGAAAUACCGGAAAAUUGGGACAUACAUUCGAAGAGAUGCUUAAAAAAGCGAGUGGUCGAAUGUACAUUUUACGGGUGUGUAAAUAUUAUGGUUUUACAACAAAGCAGUUAG